UAUAUAAAGAGGAACUGAAAGAAAGAAAUACAUAGGAAUGAAAGCAUUGGAAGUAGUAAAAGACUUAUAUUGGGUAGGAGUAUUUGAUAAAGAAUUACGAGUGUUUGAUAUAAUAAUGACAACACCAUAUGGAACUUCAUACAAUUCAUUUUUAUUAAAAAGUGAGAAAGGCAAUGUAUUAUUUGAAACAUGUAAAGAGAAUUUUGCAGGAGAGUGUUUAGAGAGAAUAGAAGAUGUCAUAGGAAAAGAAGGAAAAUUAGAUUAUAUCGUAUUAAAUCAUACUGAACCAGAUCACAGUGGAUCAUUAGUUCACAUAUUAGAGAAAUACCCAGAAGCAACAGUAAUUGGAACUAUGGCAGCAUUAAAUAAUAUUAAAUACAUUGGACAUAUUAAAGAAAAUACAAAGACAUUAAAUUCAGGAAAGAUUAAAACACUUGACUUAGGAAAUUAUCACUUAAAAUUCCUUAUUCAACCAUUUUUACAUUGGCCAGAUACUAUGAUGACAGUUAUUGAAGAAAUGAAAGUAUUAGUUAGUUGUGAUGUUUUUGGAGGACAUUAUGCAGAUGAAAGAGUAUUUAAUGACCAAAUGAUGGAGAGAAUUAAAGAUAUGGAUGAUGCAUAUAAACACUAUUUUGAUUGUAUUUUUGGACCAUUUAAAAAUUAUGUAAUUAAAGGACUUGAUAUGAUUGAAACACAAAUGGGAUUCCCAAGCGAUGAACUUAAAGCUAUUUGUUGUAGCCAUGGACCUGUUUUAAGAACACACAUUAAAGAAAAUAUCGAAAGAUAUAGACAAUGGGCACAACCUAUUGCUUUAAAAAAUAAAGUUGUUAUUGCUUAUGGAUCUGCUUAUGGAUAUACUCAAAAAAUGGCAGAACAAAUUAGUGAAGGAAUUAAAUCUACUGGUGUUGAAGUUAAGAUGUUUAAUAUUGUAGAGUCUUCUGUUGGUGAUGUUUUAAAGGAAUUUGAAGAUGCUAAAGGUUUACUUUUAGGUACACCUACUUUAGUUAAUGAUACUAUUCCUCCUAUUAUGCAAAUUGCAUGUAGUCUUAAUCCAACUAUCCAUUGUAAUAGAUUUGUUCAAUGCUUUGGUUCAUUCGGUUGGAGUGGUGAAGGUGUUAAAAACUUAUCAGCUAGAAUCGUUCAAUUAAAAGUUCACCAACCUGUUGAACCUUUAUCUAUUAAAUUCCAACCUAAUUCUAAUGAAUUACAAACAUGCUUUGAAUGGGGAAAGAAAUUUGCUGAGGCCCUUAAAGCUUAA